AUGGCGGCUGUUAGGAUGGGAAAGGAGACAACCAUGCCAGCAGGUCUGAUAUGUGCAUCUGUAAGAGUGCGUGUGGCCAAAGAAGAGGAGUCCAAGGAGCAGCUAGUGAAACCAAAGCAGCUCCCCAUAUAUACUGCGCCACCUCUCCAGUCUAAAUAUGUUGAAGAACAGCCCGGUGACUUACAAAUGGGCUUUGCAUCCAUCCGCAGCACAACUGGUCAUUAUAUUGGCUGGUGCAAGGGUGUUUAUGCCUUUGUGAAAAAUGGGAUAAUGGAUACAGUACAAUUUGGAAAAGAUGCAUAUGUCUAUUUGAAGAAUCCACUUCGAGACUUUCUUCCGAAAAUUGGAGUGAUUACAGUUUCAGGAUUGGCAGCCUUCAUUUCAGCGAGAAAAGGUUCUAGGUUUAAGAGACUUGCUUAUCCACUGGGACUGGCCACUUUAGGAGCAACUGUUCUCUACCCUGUUCAAUCAGUAAUGAUUGCAAAGGUAACUGGGAAAAAGGCAUGUGCUAUAAGCCAGCAAAUUUGUGAAGCAGUUCAAUCAUUGUGGACAAAAAACAACAAAAAGGAGUCAUUUCCUGAACCAAAAGAAAAAACUAAGCUAGGAAGCUCUGAUGAAAUAGAAGUACCUGCAAAAACAACUCACAGCCUUUGUGCCUUGCCAACAGAACUCAGCUCUGAAACAGACCAAACCAGAAUCCACCUCAGGUGCUACACAGUUUAUGCCUGA